AUGGUGCGGGCUGCCCGGCCCUCGCUGCCCGCCGGCGGCCCGCCGCCCCCCGAGCGCGCGCGGUCCCGCCCGGGCCCCGGCCUCGCACCCCGCGCGGCGCCGGGCACUGCGGGCGAGGACGCGGCGCGCGCAGGGCGGCCGGCGGCAAAGUUCGGCCCGGGCCGCGGGCGGUGGGCGCUGCUGCUGCUCCAGCUGCACUGGCUGCGGGCGCUGGCUCAAGAUGAUGUUGCACCAUAUUUUAAAACGGAGCCAGGUCUACCCCAGAUUCACCUGGAAGGAAAUCGCCUCGUUCUCACUUGCCUUGCAGAAGGGAGCUGGCCUUUGGAAUUCAAGUGGAUGCACAAUGACAGUGAGCUCACCACCUACAGCAACGAAUAUAAGUACAUUAUUCCAUCUUUACAGAAGCUGGAUGCUGGAUUUUACCGUUGUGUGGUGCGAAACAGAAUGGGAGCACUCCUGCAAAAGAAAUCAGAAGUUCAAGUGGCAUAUAUGGACAGUUUCGUGGAUACCGACCAGAGGAAGACAGUUCCUCAAGGCCAUGCAGCAGUCCUGAACUUGAUGCCCAUCACCAGCUACCCCAGACCUCAAGUGACUUGGUUUAGAGAAGGGCACAAGAUAAUUCCAAGCAACAGAAUAGCCAUCACACUGGAGAAUCAGCUGGUGAUCCUUGAGACAACAGCUAGUGACGCCGGGGCCUACUACGUGCAGGCUGUCAACGAGAGGAACGGAGAAAACAAGACAAGCCCCUUCGUCUACCUGAGCGUAGCAAGAGACACUGGCACUGCCGAGACCAUGGCUCCCACCAUCGUGGUGGCCCCGGGCAACAGGAGCGUGGUGGCGGGAUCCAGUGAGAUCACCUUGGAGUGCGUAGCCAGUGCCAGGCCUGUGGAAGAGCUGAGUGUGAACUGGAAGAGAAACGGAGUGAGGGUCACCAGCGGGCUGCACAGCUUUGGGCGGCGCCUGACUAUCAGCAGCCCCACCUCCGCAGACACGGGCGCAUACGUGUGCGAGGCCACGCUGCGCGGAAGCGCCUUUGAACCAGCCCGGGCGAAGGCCUUUCUCUCCAUCAUAGAGCCACCGUAUUUCACUGCUGAGCCAGAAGGUCGGAUUUUAGUUGAAGUGGAAGAGACUGUGGACAUCGUAUGUCGAGCCAUGGGGGUUCCUCUUCCCACCCUCCAGUGGUACAAGGAUGCCGUUUCCAUUGGCAAACUCCAGAACCCUCGCUACAAGGUGCUCGCCAGUGGCGGCCUGCGCAUCCAGAAGCUGCGCCCGGAGGAUUCCGGAAUCUUCCAGUGCUUUGCCAGCAACGAGGGAGGGGAGAUCCAGACGCACACUUACCUGGCCGUAACCAAUAUUGCUCCUGCGUUCACCCAGCGUCCAGUGGACACCACCGUCACCGACGGCAUGACAGCGAUUCUGCGGUGUGAGGUGUCUGGGGCCCCCAAACCCGCCAUCACGUGGAAGAGGGGAAACCGCAUUUUGGCCAGUGGCUCCGUCCGAAUCCCCAGGUUCAUGCUGCUCGAGUCUGGGGGCCUGCAGAUAGCCCCUGUCUUCAUCCACGAUGCUGGCAACUACACCUGCUAUGCCGCCAACACAGAGGGGUCGUUGGAUGCGUGUGCGGCGCUCACCGUGUGGAAUCGGACGUCCAUCGUCCACCCCCCUGAGGACCGUGUGGUGAUUAAGGGGACCACAGCCACGCUGCGCUGCGGAGCCACUCACGACCCCCGCGUUUCUCUCCGCUACGUGUGGAAGAAGGACAACACGGUCAUCACCCCAUCCAGCAAUUCUAGAAUUGUGGUGGAGAAGGAUGGGUCCCUCCUCAUUAGCCAGACGUGGUCAGGCGACAUUGGAGACUACACCUGUGAAAUCCUGUCCGAAGGAGGGAACGACUCCAGAGUGGCACGGCUGGAAGUGAUUGAACUGCCUCAUCCGCCCCAGAACCUCCUGGCCAGCCUGAACUCCUCCCACAGCCACACUGUGACGCUCUCCUGGGUGCGACCCUUCGAUGGAAACAGCCCUGUUCUUUAUUACAUCGUGGAGCUGUCUGAAAACAACUCCCCAUGGAAAGUGCACCUGUCGAACGUUGACCCUGAGAUGACAAGCGUCACCGUGAGCGGCCUGACUCCAGCCCGCACCUAUCAGUUCAGGGUGUGUGCAGUCAAUCAAGUGGGCAAAGGCCAGUACAGCGCAGAGACAAGCAGGUUGAUGUUGCCUGAAGAACCGCCCAGUGCUCCCCCAAAAAACAUCGUAGCCAGUGGGCGCACCAACCAGUCCAUCAUGGUCCAAUGGCAGCCUCCCCCAGAAACCGAACACAAUGGGGUGCUGCGUGGCUACAUCCUCAGGUACCGCCUGGCCGGCCUGCCUGGGGAGUACCAGCAAGGCAACAUCACCAGCCCGGAGGUGAACUACUGCCUGCUGACGGACCUCAUCAUCUGGACCCAGUAUGAGAUCCAGGUGGCCGCGUACAACAGCGCCGGCCUGGGUGUCUUCAGCCGGGCAGUGACCGAGUACACCUUACAAGGAGUGCCGACCGCGCCCCCACAGAACGUGCAGACGGAAGCCGUGAACUCCACCACGAUCCGGUUCCUGUGGAACCCACCCCCGCAGCAGUUUAUCAACGGCAUCAACCAGGGAUACAAGCUUCUGGCUUGGCCGCCAGAUGUGCCUGAGGCUGUCACCGUGGUCACCAUUGCUCCGGAUUUCCAUGGAGUCCACCACGGGUACAUCACCAACUUGAGGAAGUUCACUGCUUACCUCACUUCAGCCCUGUGUUUCACCACGCCGGGGGACGGGCCGCCCAGCACGCCACAGCUUGUGCGGACUCAUGAAGACAAACCAGGGGCAGUGGGACAUCUGAGCUUCACGGAGAUCCUGGACACGUCUCUCAAGGUCAGCUGGCAGGAGCCCCUGGAGAAAAAUGGCAUCAUCACAGGCUACCAGGUUUCCUGGGAGGUGUACGGGAAGAACGCCUCACGUCUCACGCACACUCUGAACAGCAGCACGCACGAAUACAAGAUCCAAGGACUGUCGUCUCUGACAACCUACACCAUCGACGUGGCGGCCAUCACCGCCGUGGGGGCUGGCCUGGCCACCUCAUCCACCAUUUCCUCUGGAGUGCCCCCAGACCUUCCUGGAGCCCCAUCCAACUUAGUCAUCUCCAACAUCAGUCCUCGCUCAGCCACACUGCAGUUCCGACCAGGCUACGACGGGAAGACAUCCAUCUGCAGGUGGAUUGUGGAGGGGCAGGUUGGAGCCAUCGGCGAUGAGGAGGAGUGGGUCAGCCUCUACGAGGAAGACAAUGAGCCCGACGCCCAGAUGCUGGAAAUCCCAAACCUCACGCCCUAUACUCACUACAGAUUCCGAAUGAGGCAAGUGAACAUCGUUGGUCCGAGCCCCUUCAGCCAGUCUUCCCGGGUCAUCCAGACGCUGCAGGCACCCCCAGACGUGGCUCCAACCAGCGUCACGGUCCGAACUGCUAGUGAGACCAGCCUGCGGCUCCGCUGGGUGCCCCUGCCCGACUCCCAGUACAACGGGAACCCCGAGUCCGUGGGCUACAGGGUCAAGUACUGGCGCCCAGACUUCCCGUCUUCGGCACUGACCCAAGUUGUCAACGACCGGCUAGAGAGGGAGCUGACCAUCGAGGCGCUGGAGGAGUGGACAGAGUACGAGCUGCAGAUGCAGGCCUUCAACGCCAUUGGGGCCGGGCCCUGGAGCGAGGUGGUUCGGGGUCGCACACGGGAGUCAGUUCCCUCUGCUGCCCCAGAAAACGUGUCCGCUGAGGCGGUCAGCUCCACCCAGAUUCUGCUGACCUGGGCCUCCGUGCCCGAACAGGACCAGAAUGGGCUCAUCCUGGGCUACAAGAUUCUGUUCCGGGCCAAAGAUCUGGAUUCGGAGCCUCGCAGCCAGGUCGUGCGAGGGAACCACACGCAGUCGGCGCUGCUGGCCGGGCUGCGCAAGUUUGUGCUGUAUGAGCUGCAGGUGCUGGCGUUCACGCGCAUCGGCAACGGGGUGCCCAGCUCACCCCUCAUCCUGGAGCGCACCAAGGAUGACGCCCCAGGGCCGCCGGUCAGGCUGGUGUUCCCCGAGGUGCGGCUCACCUCCGUGCGCAUCGUGUGGCAGCCCCCGGAGGAGCCCAACGGCAUCAUCCUGGGGUACCAGAUCGCCUACCGCCUGGCCAGCAGCAGCCCCCACACCUUCACCACCGUGGAGGUCGGCGCCACGGUGCGGCAGUUCACGGCCACGGAGUUGACCCCCGAGUCCGCGUACAUCUUCAGGCUGUCCGCCAAGACGAGGCAGGGCUGGGGGGAGCCGCUGGAGGCCACGGUCAUCACCACAGAGAAGAGAGAGCGGCCAGCGCCCCCCAGGGAGCUCCUCGUGCCCCAGGCAGAAGUGACCGCGCGCAGCCUCCGGCUCCAGUGGGUCCCAGGCAGCGAUGGAGCCUCCCCCAUCCGGUACUUCACGGUGCAGGUGCGAGAGCUGCCCAGGGGAGAGUGGCAGACUUACUCCUCGUCCAUCAGCCAUGAAGCCACAGCCUGUGCAGUUGAAAGGCUGAGACCUUUCACCUCCUACAAGCUGCGCCUGAAAGCCACCAACGACAUCGGGGACAGCGACUUCAGCGCAGAGACAGAGGCGGUGACCACGCUGCAGGACGUGCCAGGAGAGCCUCCAGGGUCCGUCUCUGUGACGCCGCACACCACUUCCUCAGUUCUGAUCCAGUGGCAGCCCCCACGCGACGAGUCCCUGAACGGCCUUCUCCAGGGCUACAGGAUCUACUACCGGGAGCUCGAGUCCGAGGCGGGCUCAGGCCUUGAGGCCAAGACGCUCAAAAGCCCUUCCGCUUUGCGAGCCGAGCUCACAGCCCAGAGCAGCUUCAAGACCGUGAACAGCAGCUCCACGUUAACAACGUAUGAGUUAACACAUCUGAAGAAGUACAGGCGCUAUGAAGUGGUCAUGACCGCCUACAACAUCAUCGGCGAGAGCCCAGCCAGCGCACCUGUGGAGGUCUUUGUCGGCGAGGCUGCCCCAGCGAUGGCCCCACAGAACGUCCAGGUGACCCCGCUCACGGCCAGCCAGCUGGAGGUCACGUGGGACCCGCCGCCCCUGGAGAGCCAGAACGGGAUCAUCCAGGGCUACAAGAUCUACUACUGGGAGGCAGACAGCCAGAACGAGACCGAGAAGAUGAAGGUCCUCUUCCUGCCUGAGCCCGCCGCGAAGCUCAAGGACCUGAGCAGCCACACCAAGUACCUGGUCAGCAUCUCCGCCUUCAACGCCGCGGGGGACGGGCCCAGGAGCGAGCCCCGGCAGGGCCGCACCCACCAGGCCGCUCCGGGGGCCCCCAGCUUCCUGGCCUUCUCGGAAAUCACGUCCACCACACUCAACGUGUCCUGGGGGGAGCCCGUGGCCGCCAACGGCAUCCUGCAGGGCUACCGUGUGGUGUACGAGCCCUUGGCACCUGUCCAAGGGGUGAGCAAGGUGGUGACGGUGGACGUGAAGGGCAAUUGGCAGCGCUGGCUCAAGGUGCGGGACCUCACCAAAGGAGUGACCUAUUUCUUCCGCGUGCAAGCCCGGACCAUCACCUACGGGCCGGAGCUCCAGGCCAACGUCACAGCCGGGCCAGCCGAGGGGUCCCCAGGGUCCCCUAGAGAUAUCUUGGUCACCAAAUCUGCCUCUGAGCUGACUCUGCAGUGGACCGAGGGGAAGGCUGGCUACACACCCACCAUGGGCUACAUCAUAGAGGCCAGGCCCUCAGAUGAAGGCCUGUGGGACAUGUUUGCCAAGGACAUCCCCCGGAGCGCCACGUCCUACACCAUGAGCCUGGACCAGCUGCGACAGGGAGUGACCUACGAAUUCCGCGUGGUGGCUGUGAACGAGGCGGGCUACGGGGAGCCCAGCAGCCCGUCCACUGCUGUGUCAGCCCAAGUGGAGGCGGCAUUCUACGAGCAGUGGUGGUUCCUCCUGGUGAUGGCUCUCUCCAGCCUGAUCAUCGUCCUGCUAGUCGUGUUUGCCCUGGUCUUGCACGGACAGACCAAGAAAUACAAGAACUGCAGCACAGGCAAGAGCAUCUCCACCAUGGAGGAGUCUGUGACCCUGGACAACGGGGGAUUUGCUGCCCUGGAGCUCAACAGCCGCCACCUCAACGUCAAGGGCACCUUCUCCAAGAAGAACGGGACCAGGUCCCCGCCGCGGCCCAGCCCGGGUGGGCUGCACUACUCAGACGAGGACAUCUGCAACAAGUACAACGGCACUGUGCUGACCGAGGGCGUGAAUCUCAAGGAGAACUCGGCAGACGCCUCAGAGUCCGAGGUUUCUGACUCGGACUACGAGGACGCACCCCCCAAGCACUCCUUCGUCAACCACUACAUGAGCGACCCCACCUACUACAACUCCUGGAAGCGCCGGCCACCGGGCCGCGGCCCUGCCCCGCACAGGUACGAGGCCGUGGCGGGCACGGAGGCGGGCCCGCACCUGCACCCAGUGGUCACCACACAGAGCUACGCCCCCGCGCCAGGCGCCCGGACUCCACUCACUGGCUUCUCCUCCUUCGUGUGAGCGCCACGCCGCGGCCCCGGAGUCUAUUUUGUUAAGACAAUCAACUCCGGCCACAGCUGAAGUUUUGGUUUCAAGGAAUCCUUCUGAUAAGUGAUGAUCUUACCGACUCGUGAACACUAGAUUUCAAUUAGAAGGUUUUUUUAAAAGCUUUUUGUAACACGCUGCAGGAAGCAGUCUCUUUCUUUCUCUUUUCUUUUUAAGAGAAGGUCUAUCUCACUGGUGCAGGGCAGGCAGCCCUGGGCCAUCAGGAUCUCCCCCCGGGGCCGGCCGGCAUCCAUCCCAGAGACGCUAGGAAGGCGAGCGGGCGAGCGCGCGGGGGCCAGGCGAAGGCGCAGGCACCCAGGCCCCGGGCUGCCUCCUCCUCUUUCUACCUCUUCCGAGAACUGGCCGGCUCGCAGCCCUCCACCCCCAGCAUGGCCAGCUCCCAGGCCCCUCCCCGGGUUUCCAGAGCAGCUGUCCACACAGGGCUCAGCACCAUCCAUGUCUGGACCGCUCUCACCCAGCAGAUUGUAGGCGAGGAAUCCGCCCAAGGCUCGGCGCCCCCUGACCCCGACGCGGCGCACCUGUCACGGGCGGCGUGGCUCCAGAAGUGAAGCGUUCGGCCUUUUCUUCCUUCCUUCCUUCCCUCCCUGCUUUCAGCCAGACAGUGCGGGCACAGGCGCCUCCCCCGUGGCUCAGACACCGCGAUGGCCAGGGCAGGCUCACGCCGCCCUGAGCGCACCGCCCACGGCCAGGUCCACUGAGAGAGAGAGAGAGCGAGCCAGCGUCUGCGGGAUUGCUUGUUGUGUAGGAAGUGUGCAUUGUUAACCAGAGUAUUUUUUUAAACCUUUUUAUCUUUUUUUAAAAUGUGUCACAUGAAAUGAACGCGUCUUUGCUGUCUCCUGGUGCCUUUUUAUUAACGGUUCAGCUUUGUACGUGGGAAAGACAAAAGCAACAGAGUCUCCAAUAAAGCCAAGCAGCUCUGAGAAACCCGCUCCCAGUCUCCCAGCCGCCUUGUACCACCGGGCAGACCUCCCUUCCCCUCGGCUCCCCUGCUGCCGUCCCCUCCCCCGCCCAGGCCAGCCUGUAGCCUUAACAGGUUUUCUCAGUUGCCAUCGCUUAAUUUUUUUUUUAGCCACAUGCA